AUGUCCGACAAGCGGAACCUGAUUGCGGUGAUUGGUGAUGAAGACACUACAACUGGUCUUCUACUAGCAGGUGUAGGUCAGAUAACACCUUCCACUCAGGAAAAGAACUUUUUCGUUUACAAGGAAGGUAAGACCACUCGUGAAGAAAUCUCAAAGGCUUUCACUAAUUUCACUGAAGAUAGAGAAGACAUUGCGAUUCUUCUCAUCAACCAGCAUGUUGCUGAGAAGAUCAGAAGUCAAGUGGACGGGUUCACUGCUGCUUUCCCAGCCGUGCUUGAGAUUCCUUCGAAGGAACACCCUUACGACCCUGAAAAGGACUCUGUGUUGAAGAGAGUGAGAAAGCUAUUUGGAGAAUAA